GAAAUGGCUUCAUUAACUUCUUGGGUCCCGCUCGACCGGAACGGCGACUUUUCGAUUCACAACCUGCCCUUUGGCAUCUUCUCAGACGCCGGCAGCUCGCAGCCCCGCGCCGGAACUCGAAUUGGCGACUUCGUUCUUGAUCUCAGUGCGCUCGCUGGCGAUGCGCAGGUGAAGCAGCAGCUGGGCUCGUUCAGUGGCCUGGAGGGCGUUUUCAGCCAGACUUCGCUCAAUGCCUUUGCCGAGCGUGGUCGCGCAGUCCACCGUGCUGUGAGAGCCGAUCUGCAGCGCCUCCUCAGCGAAUCCACAGACGUGCCGGCGCUGCUCAAGGACAACGAGGCGCUGAAGCAAAAGGCGCUGGUGCCGGUCGACAAAGUCACGAUGCACCUGCCGAUGCAGAUUGGCGACUACACCGACUUCUACGCCGGCUACCACCACGCCUACAAGGUGGGCGUCCUGUUCCGCGGCCCGGACAACGCCCUGCAGCCCAACUACACGCACCUGCCGGUGGGAUACCACGGCCGCUCGUCCAGCAUCGUCGUGUCCGGGACGCCCAUCCGCCGGCCGCGAGGCCAGAUCCUGCCCAACCCGGCGGCGACCCCCAAGCAGCCGACGACGGUGCCCUGCCGCCGACUCGACUUUGAGCUGGAGCUCGGCUGCUUCAUCAGCAAGCCCAACGAGAUGGGCGAUCCCAUCGACAUUAGCAAGGCCGAGGAGUACAUUUUCGGCUUCGUCCUGCUCAACGACUGGAGUGCGCGCGAUAUUCAGGCGUGGGAAUACGUGCCUCUGGGACCGUUCAACGGAAAGAACUUUGGUUCGACCAUUAGCCCGUGGGUUGUUGUUCCUGAUGCCCUGGAGCCCUUCCGAACGGAGCCGCUGCAGAACGACACUCCUAUUCAGGAUUAUCUCAAGGAGACGCAGAAGCAGAGCGUAUUUGACAUCCAGCUCGAAGUUGGCCUUACAACCGCGGACGGUGAUCAUGUCGACCUGACCAAGACGAGCGGCCGCAACCUGUUGUGGUCGUUCCCGCAGAUGAUCGCGCACCACACGGUCGGCGGAUGCCCUCUGCGGGCCGGAGACUUGCUGGGCUCAGGAACGAUCAGCGGCACAGAGCCUCGCGAGCGUGGCAGCUUGCUGGAGAUGACCGAGGGCGGCAAGGCUGACGUUCAGCUUGAGAAGGGUGGUGUUCGUCGGUUCAUUGAGGAUGGCGACAGCGUGAACAUGCGAGGCUAUUGCGAGAAGAACGGAGUGCGGAUCGGAUUCGGCGACUGCGAGGGCAAGAUUUUGCCGGCUCACGGAUCAUGA